CCGCUGCCGCUGCCCGGAGGAGAGAGAAGGCCAAACUCGCGUGACCCGGACCCCCGGUCCUUGACCCGGACCCCGGACCCGUGUUCGCGCCUGCGCCCGAGCCUGAGUCGAGCCGCCCGCCCCGACCACUGGGGGCCCGGGCCGGGGCAGGGGCGGGGGCAGGGGCCGGGCCGGGGCGCAGCCCCUCCUGCCCCGCGCCCGCAGCCGCAGGGUUAAAAGCUUGCUGGUGGCACUCAAUGAAAAGAAUCAUUAAAUAUUCAGGAAAACAAAAUGGGGACCCCUGGUUCUGGAAGGAAGAGAACCCCAGUAAAAGAUCGAUUCUCUGCCGAAGAUGAAGCUUUGAGCAACAUCGCUCGAGAGGCCGAGGCCAGGCUAGCAGCCAAGCGGGCUGCCCGGGCCGAAGCAAGAGACAUCCGGAUGAGGGAGCUGGAGCGGCAGCAGAAGGAGCACUCCCAUCGUUCCUAUGAUCGAAAAUGGGGCCAGAUUCAGAAGUGGAUGGAAGAUGCAGAAAGGGCCAGGUAUUCUCACCGGUCCAGUCACCAUCGUCCUCACCUGGGAGUUGAGGAUGUACUGUCCGCUCGAAAUAUUGGCAGUCACAGGUAUGAUACUCUGAAGGCUCGCUCCACGAAGCAUUCGUCUGCAAGCCAUGCUUAUGGUGACUCUUAUGGCACGAAGAGGAGGUCGUCUAGCUCCUACAAAGAUCCCUUGAAAGGCCUCUACUAUGACCAGAGGAACUACAGCAGCCUUAAACACAGCAAGUCCCCCUCCACCUACUACACUCGGUCUUCUUCCUUGUGCAGUGACCCUCUGGCAACUUCUAAACUUCACAGGGUUUCAAGUACAGUAGACACUGGUCUGAUGAGAAGCGCAAGUUUGGCAUCUCUCGGUGAUGUGGGGUUAUAUAGCCCAUACAGUUCUCGAACACCAUCGGAAUAUAGUUACUCAUCGAGAGCAAGUUCGUCCCGGAGCAGCCCUGUGUUUUCAGAUGAUGAUGCCAGAAGCCUUGCAUCCUCAGGUCAUGCCAGCCAAGGGCGAAGAACUAGUGUGGUGUCCGCCGCCGAUUACUUUAGUCGUUCCAGUCGGAGGGGCAGUGUUGUCUCUGAUGUGGAUGAUGUCGUUAUCCCAGAUUUGAGCAGCUUGGAUGAAAAGUGUGACAAACAGUAUGCUGAGACUUAUACCAGGCCUUCUUCUCGCAAUUCUGCAACUACACCCCUGAGUGGGAGCGCCUCCCGUCGAGGGAGCGGAGACACGGGCAGCUUCGUGGACCCUGACGCUUCCUUAAGUGAAUUACGGGAUAUCUAUGAUCUUAAGGACCAGAUACAAGAUGUAGAAGGGAGAUACAUGCAGGGUCUUAAGGAGCUCAAGGACUCUUUGGCGGCCGUGGAGGAGAAAUACAAGAAAGCCAUGGUUUCCAAUGCUCAGCUCGACAAUGAAAAGAACACCUUGAUCUACCAAGUGGACACGCUGAAGGACGCGCUUGAGGGACAAGAAGAGCAGAUGGCGGAAUUCUACCGUGAGAAUGAGGAGAAAUCCAAGGAGCUGGAACGACAGAAGCACCUGUGUACCGUGCUACAGCACAAGAUGGAGAUGCUGAAGGAGGGCCUGCGCCAGCGUGAUGAACUCAUUGAGGAGAAGCGAUGCAUGCAGCAGAGAGUAGACACCAUAACCAAAGAGUUGUUUGACCUCCAGGAGACACUUAUUUGGAAAGAUAAAAAAAUUGGGGCCCUAGAGAGGCAGAGAGAGUCCCUUGACUGCAUUAGGAAUGAGCGAGAUGCGCUCAGAGAGGAGUUGGCCGAGCUGAAGGAAACCCUGGAGACAGGAGAGAAGCAUGGUUUAGUUAUAAUCCCCGAUGGCACUCCAAAUGGUGACGUCAGUCAUGAGCCUGUGGCAGGUGCCAUCACAGUGGUGUCUCAGGAAGCAGCUCAGGUCUUGGAAUCUGCAGGGGAAGGGCCCCUAGAUGUGAGGCUGCGAAAACUUGCCGGAGAAAAAGAGGAGCUGCUGUCCCAGAUCAGAAAGCUGAAGCUGCAGCUGGAGGAAGAAAGACAGAAGUGCUCGAGGCACGACGGCACGUUUGGAGACCCAGGGGGACUGGAGAACGGCUCAGACCUGCAGUUCAUUGAGAUGCAGAGAGAUGCCAACAGACAGAUUAGUGAAUACAAAUUCAGACUUUCAAAGGCAGAACAAGAUAUAACGACCAUGGAGCAAAACAUUGGGAGGCUGGAAGGGCAGGUGGCCAGGUACAAGAGUGCGGCAGAGAACGCAGAGAAAGUGGAGGAUGAACUCAAAGCCGACAAGAGGAGGCUCCAGCGCGAGUUACGGACGGCCCUGGAUAAGAUAGAGGAGAUGGAGAUGACCAACAGUCACCUAGUGAAGAGGCUGGAGAAGAUGAAGGCCAACCGGACGGCCCUCCUGUCCCAGCAGUAGACAGCAGCGCUCGGUCUGCGGCCUCCUCACUUGGGACUCUGCCCACCUGGGCCUCUCCCUGGGCUUGGGUUAACUCAGACUUUUCCCCACCAUUGACACAAACCAUUUGAAUACCCAGCUGUUCAGUAAUAUUUUUGUUUGAUGAUUAAAGUGGCAUCCUUUUACUGUGUAAUUUAUGAGAGAAUGAAACCGGUUUGAAUCUGUGAAUGAAUUGGUUUUUAUUAGCAGUUUGAGUCUAGAGGAAGAGCUGGUCGACCCCUAUGAUUUUGAGUUGUAGAAUCCCGGCUCCCCUCCGCUCUCCCUCCUUCCUGCCUGAGGGCUCGGAGGCACCUGCCAACGCCCAGACGAGCAGAGGAGGAGACGAGGAGGAGACGGCUCCUGCACCUGCUUCCUGACAGACUUGCUCGAGACAUCCUGCAACACAAGUGCCUUCUCCGUGGUGCAAUUCAGACACAUUCACCCUGAAAAUCAAAUAAUGUUUAUAUUUUUAAGAGAGACACGUGGGGCUAGGGGAAUAUGUUCAGUGAACUUUAUAUGUUUUAAUGGAAACUUUUUUGUAAAAUAUUUAAAUUUAUAUCAGAAAAUGUAAAUGUAUGUAAACUUGCUUUAUUGCAUGGGUCAUGGCACACCUAAGGUCCUGGUUUGUUGUCACGGGAUGACCGAGGCCCGACACUCUGAAGAGUAGGGACAAGAUGUUGUACGCCGUCGACUGUAUUUCAUCUGCUGCUUACUCUCGGGAUGAGGGCGGAGGGAUCAGGUGGGGGGGCUGGGCCAGGUAGGCGGGUAUCUGGACAGAGAUGCUAUUAAACAGACACUUUCCAGACCA